CUAGCUGUUCUCUGGAGGCGGGCGAGCGGUGGACUGUGAUGGGCACACGUGGUUUUUUUCAUACAUCUGUAUAAUUGGAGAGGGAAAGUCGUGACUUGCUGGUGGAAAGGGGGUAGAUCGUGGCGUAUUUCGGCGAAAAGCUUCAGGGAUGGACCCUCUUAAGGCGCAGCAGCUGGCGGCGGAGCUUGAAGUGGAAAUGAUGGCCGAUAUGUACAAUCGCAUGACAAACGCCUGCCACAGAAAGUGUGUACCCCCGCACUACAAGGAAGCGGAGCUAUCGAAGGGCGAGGCCGUCUGCCUGGACCGCUGUGUGGCCAAGUACCUGGAGCUACACGAACGCCUGGGCCGCAAACUGACCGAGCUCUCAGUGCAGGACGAGGAGAUGAUGAAGAGGACGGCGGGGGGCACAGCCUCCGGAUAGCGGCGCGGGGCGUCUGACGGCCCAAGUUUGCCCGUUUAACACUGUAUAUAUGUUAGGAAGAAUUUCACGUUGGUUCGAGUGAAAUAACUGUUCUAAAAGGCUUGUUUGUGUGUUUGUCAUCCAGUGUGUCCGCAGGAAAAUUAACAUGCUGCAUUGUUGUUUUUGCGGCUUCGUGUCCGUCUCACCUGUACACUGUCCAGUUGCGUAAAUAAACCUGCAGAUUUCUAAUAA